AUGGGCUGGUUUUCUCGUACACCUGCACGCGUCUCCACGGCCAAAGAGGUCACGCCCGAAGAGGCCAAGGGCCGCACGCAACUUCUAGAAGAUUUGGAGCCCAAGUUCGAAGACGGCCCUCAAUCUAGACAACCACCAACGGUCACGGAGGCAGUCAAGCUGCUCCAGUGGUCGGACAUAUCGCUCGAUAGAUAUUUCGGGAUGCCCUGUUUCCGCGAGGCCAUGUUGACGGGAUUCCAGGCGAUGGGAGUGUUGGGAGUAGUCACAUUGGUGAUCCACAAGAAUCCAAGUCGAUCGGUGAAGUGGGGCUUGGGUGGUUUUUUUUUGGGUAGUGUUGUGGGCUGGGAGCAGUGCCGCUCGCUACGGAGACGGUCGUUUGCGACGGUGGAGGCUGCGAGACGGAAGAAUCAGGAGGUGGUCAGACAGAAGUUGGAGGAGGAGGGAACAAAGUGA